UUGCUGUCAACUGUCACUUUUUUGGCGGCUUUUUUACCAUAACCACAAACCACAAUUUUUGUACUUUCAAAAGUGCUUCAAAAUGCCGCCGAAAAAGAAUCCUAAAACUACGAAUAAUUCUGAUAAUACUAAUGAAAUCGUAUCGAAAACAAAACAAGCAAAUGGAGUUGUUAGUGACCAGGUACCUACAAGAGUCUUAAGACCACGAAAAGCUCCAACGGAAGUCAAAUCGAAAUUAUUCCCAAAAUUAAAGCAGGGUAAAGGCAAAGCCGACAAGCCUUCAGGUACAAAAUCCGUUAAAUCUAAAGAACAGAAAACCAAAAAUAAAAAAACACCUUCAGAGAAAAUUGAAGAGGAAGAAGGAGAACCUCAAAGCAAACGUAGUAAAGGUAAUGAGCUAGAACUAGAACCAUCUGAAGAUCAUCUUAAAGCAGAGUCAAUUUAUGACUUCACGGCUAAAGAUAUAACAGGAAAAGAAGUAUCACUUGAUAAAUACAAGGGUCAUGUAUGUGUUAUUGUUAAUGUAGCAUCUCGAUGUGGGCAUACAUCUUCAAAUUAUAAAGAAUUUGUACAGCUUUAUGAUAAGUAUAGUGACAGCAAAGGACUGAAAAUAUUAGCUUUUCCUUGUAAUCAGUUUGGUAGACAGGAGCCUGGGGAUAACGAUAAAAUAUGUGAAUUUGCCAAGAAGAAAGAUGUAAAGUUUGAUAUGUUUGAGAAAAUCGAAGUGAACGGUGAUAACGCUCAUCCUUUAUGGAAAUACUUAAAAAUGCAGAAAGAAGGACCCAAGGGAGAAGAUAUUGACUGGAACUUUACAAAGUUUCUCAUCGAUAAGCAGGGACAAGUAGUAGAGAGGUUUAAGUCUGCUGUUAAACCACUUGCUUUACUAAAACAUUUAGAAGAACUUUGGUAAAAUUAGUUCUUGGGCAUAACUUUCUAAGUUACCAAGGUAUAUUUUGUUUUUAUUAGCUUUUUGUUCAACUAUACCUGGUUCAGAUAUAAACUAUUUAUGUAUUAUUUGUAAUUUACAUUAAUUUGCCUUAUGUAGUUUAUAAUGUGGUUUUAUAGUUUCCCAUUAAAAUUGUACAAUUUGUAUGGUAAUAAAGUAAUUUGAACAA